AUGACUGAAAAGGCCCCAGAACCACAUUUGGAGGAUGAUGAUGAGCUGGACAGCAAACUUAAUUACAAGCCUCCACCACAGAAGUCCCUGCAGGAGCUACAAGAGAUGGACAAAGAUGAUGAAAGCCUAGCCAAGUACAAAAAAACACUCUUGGGGGAUGGCCCUGUGGUAGCAGAUCCAUCAGCCCCCAAUGUUACGGUCACCCGGCUGACCCUCGUGUGUGAUAGUGCCCCAGGGCCAAUCACCAUGGACCUUACUGGGGAUCUUGAAGCUCUCAAAAAGGAAACCUUUGUCUUGAAAGAAGGUGCUGAAUACAGAGUCAAAAUUCACUUCAAAGUAAACAGGGAUAUUGUGUCAGGCUUGAAAUAUGUUCAGCAUACCUACCGGACUGGAGUAAAAGUGGAUAAAGCAUCAUUUAUGGUUGGCAGCUAUGGGCCUCGGCCUGAGGAAUAUGAGUUCCUGACUCCGACUGAAGAGGCUCCAAAGGGCAUGCUGGCCCGAGGCAAUUACCACAACAAGUCCUUCUUCACCGAUGAUGACAAGCAUGACCACCUCACCUGGGAAUGGAACCUGUCCAUUAAGAAGGAGUGGACAGAAUGA